AUGUACCUGUUCGAAACCUUCGGCGGGUGGUGCAACGCGGUCAAGCGGCUGUUCUACCAGAUGAAGGACAAGGUGCGCAACAAGCUCUCGAAGCGGCAGCACGAGGACGAGGCGAGCUGGUCGACGCGGUCGUGGCUGUCGCUGGAGGCCCAGCGCAUGUCAGUCGCGCUGCAGCUCGCGGCGGCGGAAGAGAUUGCGACCGAGCUCAGGCUCACCGCGGCGUCGGAGGACGCCGCCAAGCGGUCGCUCCACGCCGCCAUCUUUGGCGACGACUCCGACUCGGACGGCGACGACAACCUGCCGUCGCUCGCGCACCCCGAAAGCGAGAAGGCGAUGCUGACAAAGCUCAAGCCGCGGCGCGGCAAGAUCGUGCGGUCGCGAGAGGCGCUGACGCAGGAGGUGGUCGAGCUGCAGCAGCAGAUGGAGGCGGCCGCCGAGCGCGACGACGACGCCGUCGCCCUGCUGCCCGAGGUCGUCACGAUGCUCAACAAGAGGCACAUGCAGGAGGUGCUCAUCGACCAGGGCAUGCUAACCACGCUGGCGAUGUGGCUCAAGCCGAUGCCAGACGGAUCCCUCGUCUCGCUGCAAGUGCGGACCGACCUGCUGCGCGUGCUCGGGCUGCUCGAGGUCGACGAGACGGUCCUCGGCUCGCUGCGCUCCUCGUCCCUCGGAAAGUACGCCCGCCUCUACUCGCUCUCCACAAGAAGGAGUGACCGCUUGGGACCCUUCUCGGAACCUUCUCGGAACCUUCUCCUAGGUACGUCCGCCUCUACUCGCUCCACAAGAAGGAGACCGCAGCGAACCGGCACACGGCGACGGCGCUCGUUGAGAAGUGGAAGAGGCCAAUCUUCGGCUCUACCACCGCCUUCCAGGCCGAGAACGUGCCGCAGCGGCGCGGCCAGACCGCGGAGGAUCUCGAGAGGAAGGCGAUGGCGCGCGUGG